AUGUUCUCCUGGAUUCGGCUCCUCGGAGCCCUUCUUCUACUUGCCUCCGUGGCUCACGCCCAGUUCCAGUUCUUUGAGCAUAUGUUUGGAGGCGGCGGCGGCGGUGGUGGUCACCAGGGUCGUCAGCAGGCGGCGCAGAAUGUUCCAAGUGAUAGCUCGCGGUAUCAGAGUCAAUGGGACUCAGCCCAUUGCGAUAAAUACCUCUGCCCUGGCACGCUCGCAUGCGUCCAUUUCCCGCAUCAUUGCCCGUGUCCGCAUCCCGAUGUCGAAGAGAAGGUUGAGCUUGGAGAAGGAAGUGCCGUUUGUGUGUCAAAGGGAGGAUACAAGGAGGGUGAGGCGGCGCGGAAGAUUGAGCUGGCGCGCAAGGGUCUUUUGUGA